CCGACGGACCCAAGCUUCAGCUAUGCGGCGUCGGCGCUGAAUGCUGCCGAACAUACCGAGAAGAAACGACAAGCGCAUUACACUAGUCGGCUUACUGAACGCACAUGGGAGCUGGCAACACGAGACAGUAACCCGGCGACCGAUCUCCUAGUUUGCCUGGAGCGCCAUCGCGAUAUCGGCUUCCGCUACACCGACAUCAAACGUCAAAUCGUCAUCACACACGGUAUCGAGGAUAAGCGGGUUCCUGCGGCGAACAUCCGCUGCCGCGACGGCUGGGCUGACCCUGCCCACGCCCGUGGCGGCUGUGAGGUGCGCAUACUCCAAGGCGAAGGUCACGGUUUGAUGGCUAGCCCGUCCAUCAUGAGCGACAUUCUCGCUGAGAUUGCCGGCUACUGGGUCGGGCAGGAUAGAGGCUAUGUGCCGGUCUGAAUAUCAUCGUUGCGCACAUGCAACUUUGACGUGCUAUGCAAGAGGUCAGAUUGGACAUCGAUUGCUAUUCGCGAUGUCACACGCAACAUAUUCAGGAUCUCUCUCUCUGGCCGACGUUUGGUUAUUUCGAAUCGCGCCCUCCUACGCAAUGUUCUCUCGGAUCAACCAGCUUCAAGGACCGCGGCCGGACUUUACCCGCAUGUCCAUUCUGGCUUUGAUCUCAUGUCCCAUUCUUUCAACAUUUAUUUCCUUGUGGUCAAAAUGGCGGUGGGAGCGAGUUUUGUGAAAAAGAUACCCCGAUUGAUGAGUGGGCGGACUGUUCUUGGUCUGCAAUUUUCGAUAUAUUUUGGGGGAUGCUUUUUAACUGGUGCGGGGAGUGUUGAGCUCUUCCGCAUCUCGAUGUAGAUAAUAUUGUAUUGACUUAACCUGAGACGAUGU